AAUUUAUUGUAUUGAUCGUUUGUUUUCGGUUUUCCAGUGGUGCUGAUAAAAAAUGGCUUCUGGACGGGAAUACAUCACAUAUGCUCGCAACCUCUGUAACAACGGAUGCUACAGCAAGGCUUACGAUCUUUACUUAGCAGCUUUUAACAAAAGUCCCCACCUGAAGAUUGCUUUCGAGCCAGAAUUUAGGGCUACACUGUUCAAAGUAAAUGAAUUGCUGGCCGUCAGUAAUAACGUUGAAGAUAUAUUCGGUAACUUUAGCAGAGCGAUCACCGCCUUUCCCGGCAGUAUACACUUGUUGAAUGAAAUCGGUAAGUAUAUUUUUAAAUAUAGAUUCUACGAAGAGGCAUGGACACAGUUUCAGAAGGCAUUAGAAAUUGACCCGGGAUUCGUUGAUGCUGAAAAAAAUUUGAAUUCCCUCAAGAAUUUGAUGGUGGAAAGAUGGCACUUCAGAAUGCUGAAUGAUAAACGACGAAAUGACUGCUAUCGAGUAGCAAUACACGACACAAUUGUACCAUUAAAAGAAAGUAUUUUAGACCUUGGCACGGGAACUGGCCUCCUGUCUAUGUAUGCCACCGAAAAGAACCCAAUGGCCAUAACAGCUUGCGAUAGCUCCAAGGUUAUGACAGCACUGACAGAUACUAUUUUAGAGGAAAAUAAGCUGCUGUUGGCUGUUGUAGUCGUCAACAAACUCUCUACAACUAUGAACUACAAAGAUAUAGGGGGGAAAAGGUCAUUACUAAUAACUGAGGUAUUUGAUGCAGGCCUGUUUGGUGAACACAUUUUGCAGUCACUAUCACAUGCAUGGGAGAAUUUGCUGUCAAAAAAUGCAAAAGUUAUACCUGCAAAAGCUGAGUUUUUUGUGAUGGGUGUGAAUUCUGAUUUGCUUAAUGCGAAAUAUCAUUUACACUCUGCAGCUAAAUCACUGUUAAAUAUCGGUGACUGCAAUGUGCACAUACUCAAUGAUGAGCCUUACGACUGCGAAGAUGUUGACUUCUACAAGGACAUAAAGUAUGUAACAGAAUCCAAGUCUGUGGUCUCAGUAGACUUCAAUAACCUUAAUGAUAUACGAGACAAACUGCAACACGCUGAACCCAUAAAUGUAGAGUUGAGAGCUCUAGAAAAUGGCAGAGUAGAUCUUAUUGUUGGUUGGUUUAACUUGUAUCUCUCAGACUAUGUAACUAUCACAACGGACCCAAGAUCUCAAUAUAGAGCUAGGGCAUGGCAACAGGCGAUAUUCUUUGAUUGUAUUCCUAGAAGUAUUAAAGAGAACCAAAAUGUUGACUUACAUUUUCUGCUAAAUGAAGGUAAAGUUACCAUGCUGACAGAUGCAACUUACGACAUAACAAUAAUUUCUCCGGAAACUUUAAAAUUCUUAAAUGAUACUGAGUACACUAAGGCAAUAGUGAAUUGUAUCGGAGUGGUUUGUGUGUACCUCGGUCAGAUGGCAGAAAUGUCCGAAAUGAACAUUCUCGAUCUGUCUCCAUUCCCGAUUUUCGGCUUUCUUAUGCUAAAGAGAGGCGUGCGGAACCUUAAGUGCUAUGCUAAAACUGAGGAAGAUAAAGAAUUCCUCGAUAUGGUAUUCAAAGCCAAUCACUUAGAUACAACCAAUGUUACAUACUUGAUAGGAGAUAAUUGGUCCAGGCAUGGUUUUCACAAUGAUAAAUAUCACGUUAUCUUCUCUAACAUGUUAGACAUUAGUGGCGAUAUUGAUAUUCGUAUGAAGGAUAUAGGGUUGGCUUUGAGGAACAGUCACCUGGCACCCGGUGGCCUGUUCAUGCCGUCUAGUGUCACAUUAAUGGGUCAGAUUAUUUACUGUCACUGGUUAGACGUUAACAACAGGGUCUGUGAUGCAAACAUAGGUGACUAUAGAGUAGGAAGACACAUCAAUAAGUAUCAGGUGUCCCAAAACUUUUGCCUUGACUAUGCUCACCUGGAAUAUACUGCAUUUACUGAUUCGGUACCUUUAGGUGACUGCUUCAAUCUCUCUACUGACGUUAUUAACCUACCGAUAAUUGACGACGGUUACGCAAACGCUAUAUUAUGCUGGUACAGCAUCGAACUGAUGGAAAGCGUAGGCCAAAUAUCCACAAAGAGGUCAGGCAGUUUUAUAGACGGCAUGGCGUUUUUGGCCUCUCCGGUCAUACAGAUGGUUCAUGGGGACAUUGCCAAUAUUUUACAGUGUGUAGACUCCGAUGGUUCAUUUAAAUUAGUCAUUGAUGUGGAAGAUAAUUGAAAAU